CACGAAUCACACUCGCCGCGUGGACCAGCAACAACACACCAAGCAAGCAAGCAAGCAACAAGCAAGCAAGCGAGGACGCAUUCACACCUCAUCACGCACCCUCCCUUGCUCCUCACCCUGCCCAUCUGCCCCAUUCUUGCCUACGGGUGUAGCCAUGGCAUCUCGCAUCAUUGCAUACAUUGUGUUGACGGCAACACAGGUGUUUGGCCGCGCUUUCGCACAGGCAUACAGAGAAGCAGCAGCAAAGGCUGGUAAGGGUGGUAACGCAGCACGUGCAGCCAAUGCAGCCAACAAUGCAAGGAAACAAGCAGCCACAGCAGCUACAGCAGCCAGCAUUAGCAGACGAAGUGGCAUGUCCCUCGACGAGGCCAUGAAGGUCCUCAACAUCACUGCUGAGACUCCCAAGGAGGAGGUGAAGGCGGCCUACGAGCACAUGUUUGAGGCCAACAGCAAGAAGAAGGGCGGCAGCUUCUACCUCCAGUCAAAGGUCUACCGCGCCCGCCAGACGCUGGAGGACCUGCAGCCAGAGAAGUUUGGCGACGCCAAGCAGACGGCGUCAUCGUCGUCAUCGUCGACAGCAGAUGCCAACACUGCACCCUCCUCCUCCUCUUCUUCUUCGUCUUCGUCGUCAGAGUCACAGUCCACAAAGAGCGACAGCAGCAGCAAAUGAUGAUGAUGCUGUUCUUGCUGUGUGUUGUCAUAUUGAGAGUCCAUUGUUUGUUGUCUGAGCACGUUUGAGUGAGUGUGUGUGCGUGCGUGUGUGUGUGUGCGUGUGUGUGUGUGUAUCGCCUCCUUUGUGUCCAGUCGUAGGUCCGCUUUCGCCCAGUCCACUGAUGUGUAUGUGUGUGUCGGUUGCUGGUUUGAUUCUGUGCAUUGUUUUGUUUCUUCCAGAUGCUUCACUGUUGUAGUUGCUGUUGUCACGUAUUUGUUAUCAAUAAGAACUGCAAUCAACAGCGGCAGGAAUGGC